CCCUUUUUCCGGCUGCUGAACUUGCGCAAGCUGGGCCUGAGCGACAACGAGAUCCAGCGGUUACCUCCCGAGGUGGCCAACUUCAUGCAGCUGGUGGAGCUGGACGUGUCCCGGAAUGAUAUCCCUGAGAUCCCAGAGAGCAUCAAGUUCUGCAAAGCUCUGGAGAUCGCGGACUUCAGCGGGAACCCCCUUUCCAGGCUCCCCGAUGGCUUCACUCAGCUGCGCAGCCUGGCUCACCUGGCCCUCAAUGAUGUGUCCUUGCAGGCACUGCCCGGGGACGUGGGCAACCUCGCCAACCUGGUGACCCUGGAGCUCCGGGAGAACCUGCUCAAGUCCCUGCCAGCGUCCCUGUCUUUUCUGGUCAAGCUGGAACAGCUGGAUCUGGGAGGCAACGACCUGGAAGUGCUGCCGGACACUCUGGGGGCUCUGCCUAAUCUUCGGGAGCUGUGGCUUGACCGGAACCAGCUGUCAGCACUGCCCCCGGAGCUUGGGAACCUGCGGCGUCUGGUGUGCCUGGACGUGUCGGAAAACCGGCUGGAGGAGCUGCCUGCUGAGCUCGGCGGGCUGGUGCUGCUUACUGACCUGCUGCUGUCCCAGAACCUGCUGCGGCGGCUGCCCGACGGCAUCGGUCAGCUGAAGCAGCUGUCCAUCCUAAAGGUAGACCAGAACCGGCUGUGUGAGGUGACCGAGGCCAUCGGGGACUGUGAGAACCUCUCAGAGCUGAUCCUCACGGAGAACCUGCUGAUGGCCCUGCCGCGCUCCCUGGGAAAGCUGACGAAGCUGACCAACCUCAACGUGGACCGGAACCACCUGGAGACGCUGCCGCCCGAGAUCGGGGGCUGCGUGGCACUCAGCGUCCUCUCCUUGAGGGACAACCGCCUGGCCGUCCUGCCGCCGGAGCUGGCCCACACGGCCGAGCUGCACGUGCUGGACGUGGCAGGGAACCGGCUACAGAGUCUGCCGUUCGCGCUCACCCACCUCAACCUCAAGGCCCUGUGGCUGGCGGAGAACCAGGCGCAGCCCAUGCUGCGGUUCCAGACGGAGGAUGAUGCCCGGACUGGCGAGAAGGUGCUCACCUGCUACUUGCUGCCCCAGCAGCCUCCAUCCAGCCUCGAGGAUGCUGGGCAGCAGGGGAGCCUCUCGGAGAGCUGGAGUGAUGCCCCCCCGAGCCGCGUCAGCGUCAUCCAGUUCCUGGAGGCCCCCACAGGUGAUGAGGAUGCUGAGGAAGCUGCAGCCGAGAAGCGGGGCCUGCAGCGCCGGGCCACACCUCACCCCAGCGAGCUCAAGGUGAUGAAGAGGAGCAUCGAGGGGCGGCGGAGCGAGGCCUGCCCUUGCCAGCCAGACCCUGGGUCGCCCUUGCCUGCGGAGGAGGAGAAGCGGCUGAGUGCCGAGUCUGGCCUGAGUGAAGACUCUCGCCCGUCUGCCAGCACAGUCUCUGAGGCUGAGCCCGAGGGCCCAUCGGCUGAGGCACAGGGUGGAAGCCAGCAGGAGGCCACGAGUGCUGGUGGGGAGGAAGACGCCGAAGAGGACUAUGAGGAGCCUGCAGUGCAUUUUGCGGAGGACGCACUGCUGCCCGGGGAUGACCGGGAGAGCGAGGAGGGGCAGCCUGAGGCCCCCUGGACCCUGCCGGGCGGGAGGCAGCGGCUCAUCCGCAAGGACACGCCUCACUACAAAAAGCACUUCAAGAUCUCCAAGCUGCCCCAGCCGGAGGCCGUUGUGGCCCUGCUGCAGGGCAUGCAGCCCGAUGGGGAGGGCCCUGUGGCUCCCGGGGGCUGGCACAAUGGCCCCCACGCACCCUGGGCUCCUCGGGCCCAGAAGGAGGAGGAGGAGGAGGAGGAGGAAGAGGGUAGUCCUCGGGAGGAGGAGGAGGAGGAAGAGGAGGAAAGCAGGGCUGAAGAGGAGGCCAGCACUGAGGAGGAGGACAAGGAGGGGGCCGUGGCUUCUGCGCCCUCUGUCAAGGGGGUGUCGUUUGACCAGGCCAAUAACCUGCUGAUAGAGCCUGCUCGCAUUGAGGAGGAAGAGCUGACCCUCACCAUCCUGCGGCAGACUGGGGGCCUGGGCAUCAGCAUUGCCGGCGGCAAGGGCUCCACACCCUAUAAGGGGGAUGACGAGGGCAUAUUCAUCUCUCGGGUGUCCGAGGAAGGCCCUGCGGCCCGGGCUGGAGUCCGCGUGGGUGACAAGCUCUUGGAGGUGAAUGGCGUGGCUCUGCAGGGCGCCGAGCACCAUGAGGCCGUGGAGGCGCUCAGGGGGGCAGGCACUGCCGUGCAGAUGCGAGUGUGGCGGGAGCGCAUGGUGGAGCCUGAGAACGCGGUCACCAUCACACCUCUGCGACCUGAGGACGACUACAGCCCCCGGGAGCGGCGGGGAGGGGGGCUGCGCCUGCCCCUGCUCCCAGCUGAGAGCCCUGGGCCCCUCCGUCAGCGCCACGUGGCCUGCCUGGCACGCAGUGAGAGGGGGCUGGGCUUCAGCAUUGCUGGCGGGAAAGGCUCCACGCCAUACCGGGCUGGUGAUGCGGGCAUCUUCAUCUCCCGCAUUGCCGAGGGCGGUGCUGCUCACCGUGCGGGUACACUGCAGGUUGGCGACCGUGUCCUCUCUAUUAAUGGAGUGGACGUGACUGAGGCCAGGCAUGACCACGCCGUCUCCCUGCUGACUGCGGCCUCCCCCACCAUCGCCUUGCUGUUGGAGCGGGAGGCUGGGGGCCCUCUUCCUCCCAGUCCUCCGCCACAUUCCUCUUCACUCGCCACCGCUGCUGUUGCCAUCACCAGCACCACCACCACCAGCAUAACCACUGCCACCCCCGGGGAGCCUGGGUUGCCAAGCCUGGCCCCCAGCCUGCUGGCCGCCACCUUGGAAGGGCCAUACCCAGUGGAGGAGAUCCGUCUGCCAAGAGCUGGGGGCCCUCUGGGGCUUAGCAUUGUCGGAGGCUCCGACCAUUCCAGCCACCCGUUUGGUGUCCAGGAGCCUGGUGUAUUCAUCUCCAAGGUGCUCCCGCGGGGCCUGGCCGCUCGCAGCGGCCUAAGGGUUGGGGACCGCAUCCUGGCAGUGAACGGGCAAGACAUGCGGGACGCCACGCACCAAGAGGCAGUCAGCGCCCUGCUCCGGCCCUGCCUGGAGCUGUCGCUGCUGGUGCGGAGGGACCCGGCGCCCCCGGGCCUACGGGAGCUGUGCAUCCAGAAAGCGCCCGGGGAGAGGCUGGGCAUCAGCAUCCGCGGGGGUGCCAGGGGCCACGCCGGCAACCCCCGCGACCCCACAGAUGAGGGCAUCUUCAUCUCCAAGGUGAGCCCCACAGGGGCGGCUGGGCGUGACGGUCGGCUGCGUGUGGGUUUGCGGCUGCUGGAGGUGAACCAGCAGAGCCUGCUGGGCCUGACGCACGGUGAGGCGGUGCAGCUGCUGCGUGGCGUGGGCGACACGCUCACCGUGCUGGUCUGCGACGGCUUCGAUGCCGGCUCCUCGGCAGCCCUGGAGGUGUCCCCAGGUGUCAUUGCCAACCCCUUUGCGACGGGCAUCAGCCACCGGAACAGCCUGGAGAGCAUCUCUUCCAUCGACCGGGAGCUGAGCCCCGAGGGCCCAGGCAAGGAGAAGGAGCCGCCUGGACAGACCCUGCACUGGGGGCCCGAGGCCACAGAAGCCACGGGUCGGGGUCUGCAGCCCCUGAAGCUGGACUACCGUGCCCUGGCUGCCGUGCCCAGCGCUGGUGGCGUGCAGAGGGUCAGCAGUGGGGACAGCCAGUGGCGAGUUGAGCACAGCUGCAGCCCUGACAGCUGCCCCAGCGUAGCUCACAGGAGCCCCACCCCCCAGCCGCCUUCCCCGCCUUCCCCGGAUGAGCUGCCCGCCAAUGUGAAGCAGGCCUACAGGGCCUUCGCGGCCGUGCCCACUUCUCACCCUCCUGAGGACGCCCUCGCCCAGCCCCCCACGCCUGGACCUGCAGCCUCCCCGGAGCAACUGUCCUUCCGGGAGCGGCAGAAGUACUUUGAGCUGGAGGUGCGCGUGCCCCAAGCUGAGGGCCCUCCUAAGCGUGUGUCCCUGGUGGGUGCUGAUGACCUGCGGAAGAUGCAGGAGGAGGAAGCCAGAAAACUACAGCAGAAGAGAGCGCAGAUGCUGCGGGACGUGGCAGAGGCUGGGGCCGAAGCGGGGCUCGCCCUGGACGGGGAGGCGCUGGGCGAGGAGGAACAGGAGGAUGAGGAGCCACCUUGGGCCGGCCUGAGCCCCUCCUCAAGGCAGAGCCCCGCGUCCCCCCCACCCCUGGGAAGCGGUGCCCCGGUGCGGACGGCCAAAGCUGAGCGGCGCCACCAAGAACGGCUGCAACGGCUGCGCGUGCAGAGUCCGGAGCCACCAGCACCCGAGCGUGCCCUGUCCCCUGCCGAACGCCGGGCCCUGGAGGCUGAGAAGCGUGCACUGUGGAGGGCAGCCAGGAUGAAGUCACUGGAACAGGACGCUCUCCGAGCACAGAUGGUCCUCAGCAGGUCGCAGGAGGGCCGGGGCAUGCGGGGGCCCCUGGAGCGACUGGCGGAGGCCCCUUCCCCUGCACCCACCCCGUCGCCCACCCCUUUGGAAGACCUCGGCCCCCAGACCAGCACCUCCCCGGGACGCCUGUCGCCGGACUUUGCUGAGGAGUUGAGGUCCCUGGAACCAUCUCCCAGCCCUGGCCCACAGGAGGAGGAUGGAGAAGUGGCUCUGGUGCUUCUGGGCAGGCCCGCUCCUGGCGCCGUGGGCCCUGAAGAUGUGGCGCUUUGCAGCAGCCGUCGCCCUGUAAGGCCUGGGCGCCGUGGCCUGGGCCCUGUGCCCUCCUAGAGGAGCAGGCGCCUCCCCCAGACUUGGGGUGGGGGCCCUGCCAGCUCCAGCACCACCCUUGCCCCAAGUCUUUUAACCUGGGUGUUAGCAUUUUAAAGAGACCCCGCAGGAAUUCUGGCCUCUGACUAACUGCCCCACCCCAGCCGAGACCUCGGCAAGACUGUAACUAGUGAUGUUUGUACAACCAAAGACUCUAUUUUGUGGUUUAAGGAGAAUAAAGUUGACUACAUUUUA